AUGGCCGACUAUCCAUUUCCGGAAGGGUUCUUUUAUCUUCGAUCGCGUUUUAGUGGCAAAGUAAUUGACGUUGAUGGCGCCUCGCUCAAGAAUGAUGCCAAAGUGUUAAUAUGGACACCUAAACACAAUGAUGAUCGAGACAAUCAACUUUGGUAUUAUCAGGAUGGAUUCAUUGUUAACAAGCACUCGAACAAGGUGCUGGAUGUUCGUGGUGGCAAUCUUGACGAGAACAUGCCUAUCAUCCAAUACGACAGGAAAUUGGUUGUGGAUGCUCAAAAUCAGCGAUGGGGUUAUAGUCGUGAAGGAUACAUUUAUGUUCUUGAGGAUCCUCAUAUGGUGAUUGAUGUGCGUGGUGGAUCGGGUGAUGAUGGUGCAAGGCUUGUACUGAAAAGGCGCAAGGUUAGGCUGAAUGAAGAUUUGAGUCAACAAUGGGAUUUAGUACCUGCUGGUGAAGUGCGUAGUGAACGCGAGUUAUUGUUUGAAUCAGAUGCCUUUUGA